CCGCCGCCGCCACCGCCACCGAUUGGGAAUGGAACCCCCUCGUCCUCCCGGUCCAGGAGCCGGCCUCCCUCACCGCUCCGUCACUUCCCCGGCCACCGGCGUCGUCCACCCAUCGCCGGUCAGGAAGAACGAAGAGAAAAGAAAGAAGGUGAAGGAAAGGAAAAGAAAAUAAAAAGAAAAGAAAAAUGAGACAAACCCAAGGAAACUGUGGGGGAAACCAGAGAACAUACAUGGAGUUCACCACUGCGGCAAUUGCCACGUUCCUCCCCAAGCUGAGCAGGCUGCUAAUGGAAGAGUAUAGCCUACAAAAGAGUGUGAAGGAGGAGAUCACAUUCCUCAAGGCUGAGCUCGAGAGUUUGCAAGUGGAGCUUGACAUGAUCUCAAAGGUGCCAAUAGAUCAACUUGACAAGCAAAUCAUGAUUUGUGCUAGGGACUUUAGGGAUCUCUCUUAUGACAUUGAGGACAAUGUUGACAACUUCAUGGUAUGUGGCGGUGGCCUUGAGCCAACCAAGAAACACAUCUUCACAAGGUUAAUUGACACAUAUCAUCAGUCAUUGUACAAGCUAAAGACCCAUUGCAAAAUUGCCAAUAAUGAUAUCAAAUAUGUCAAAAAGCAAGUCAAGGAGGUUAUGACAGAAAAUGUUAGGCACAAGACUGGAGAUGUUGCUUCUAAGCUUCCAGUGAUCAUCAACACUCCCAUCUUGAAAUUGUAUGAUAGGGUCACCAAGCCUGUUGGCAUUGACAAGGCAAGUGGUGAUCUAAUGAAAAUAUUGUCCAUGGAGGAUGAUGAGUUGUCCAAGAAGCUGAAGAUGGCAUCCAUUGUUGGGUUUGGAGGAUUGGGCAAGACAACUCUUGCGAAAGAAGUUUUUAACAUUCUAAGAGUGCAGUUUGGCUUUGCCUGUUUCGUUUCGGUGGGUCGAAAACCUGAUAUCAAGAAGGUUCUCAAGACUAUCCUUAUUGAACUUGAUAAUGACAGAAACAUGUAUGAUCUAGCAGGAUUAAGUGAAAGGAAUCUUACUGAUGAGCUCCGAGAAUUUCUUGGCAAUAUGAGGUAUUUGAUUAUUUUGGAUGAUAUAUGGGAGAUAUCCACAUGGGAGAUUAUUAAGUGUGCUCUGGUGGAUACCAAUUCUGGAAGUAGAGUUGUUGCAACAACUCGUAUUUCCCAAGUUGCCAUCGAAGUUGGUGAUGUUUACAACAUGGAGCCACUUUCUGAAGAUAACUCAAAAAGGUUAUUCCACCAAAGAUUAUUUGGUGUUGACUGCAUAGAUCCAACUAGUAAUGAAUCAAUUGAGGUAAUCGAAAAGGUCUUAAAUAAAUGUGGUGGUGCUCCAUUGUCUAUUAUUACAAUAGCUAGUGUUUUUGUUAAUAAACCGAUGGAGGAUUGGUCUAACAAGUAUAAUUCUAUUGGUUUUGGGCCUGAAGAUAAUGAACCAGUUCAUAACAUGAGAAAGAUACUAUGUUUUAGCUACUAUGAUAUGCCAUUAUACCUAAAGAAUUGUCUGCUGCACCUAAGCAUAUAUCCAGAGGAUUGCUGGAUUGAGAAAGAGUCCUUGAUAUGGAAAUGGAUAGCAGAAGGAUUUGUUCACGUGGAACAAGGGAAGGGUCUAUUUGAGGUCGGCGAGAAAUACUUCACUGAGCUUAUCAACAAAAGCAUGAUACAACCUGUGGAUUUUGACAGCAUUGAUGGGGGCACCUUAGAUGGUUGCUACAUCCAUGACAUGGUGUUGGAUCUCAUCCGCAUUUUUGCAACUGAUGAAACCUUUACAUUAGUGUUGGAUAGAAUGUACGAGGGUCACAACUCAACUUUACACAACAGAAAUGUCCGGAGGCUAGCACUGCACAAGAGUUGGAAUCAAGACAUAGAAAACAAUCUGGGUGUGGACAUGGCACGGCUGAGGUCGUUCAAUGUCUUUGAGUGCCCCACAAGUAUGAUACCCCCACUUGUGAACUUCCUUGCUUUACGUGUGCUAGCUCUGGAAGACUGUUCCAUCGCCGACUUCGAUCUCAAGCAUCUUGGUAAGCUACGUCAGCUAAGGUACUUAGGAAUGAGGAACACACGUUCUGAUCUCCCACCCAACAUAGGCGAUCUCAUGCACCUGCAAACAUUGGACGUCAGGGACAGUGGCGUUGGCCCAUUGCCAGUGGCUGUCUAUAAGCUAAGCAAGCUGCUCCGUCUAUGCCUUGACGAAUUCACCGAAGUUCCUGCUGGGCUUGGGAGUCUGAUGUCCCUGCAAGAGCUCUGGGUGUAUGUAUCUGACGACAGCUGCCCAAACUUUGCUAUGGAACUGCGUAAGCUGACGGAGCUGAGGAUCCUCCACAUCAACUGGUACUGGGAGGUAGACGAGGUCUCCUUGAAGGCCCUGGUGGAGUCCCUGCGUGGUCUAAGCAGACUUGAGGACCUGGACUUCUUCUCCUGUUCGGAUGCCUGGAUGAACGGCUGGGAAGGAUGGGAUCCCCCUAGGCAGCUCCGCAAGUUCUGCAUCGACAGCGUCCGGGUGGUACUCCCAUGCCUGCCAUCGUGGUUGAACUGCAACCAUGUCCCGCACCUCUCGAGGCUAGACCUUCGAGUGCAAGCCAUCGAGGGGUGUGAUCUUGAGCGCCUCUCUAGGAUGCCAAUGCUUCGCUUCCUCUCUGUGCACGUCGAGGGGGAGGAGGGGUACUCGUGGACCGUCAGAGGUGGUAGCGGACUGUUCCCUAACCUAAGGUGCUUCCACACGAACAUCUCUCUCACGUUUCUACAGGGGGCGGUGCCAGCGUUGACGACGGUUGAGCUAUGCGUGCUUGCAUCCCGGUGCGGUGGUGGUGCCGCCUGCGAGGUUGGCUUGGGGAACGUCCUGCUGCUGAAGACCGUGGAGGUUUGGAUCGCGUGUCAGGGUGCAACGGACGACCAGGUUGAGGAAGCAGAUAUGGUGCUAAGGCGUGCCGUUGACAUUCACCCCAACCGUCCAACCAUUGAGGUGCACAAAUUUUGUCAACAGCGGCUGAUGGAUGAAGAAGACGGUGAUAACAAGGAGGAGAAUUCAGGCAAGGACCAAUUGCAGGACAGUUGUGUAGCGAACGAGGCAAAGAGGACAAAGUUUUCGGACCAAUCAUGAUUCCUGAACCCAACACUCUAGGUGCACUCGAAAGAACAUGCGGCAUUUGGAUCAAUAUUGAACCUAAAUCUCUCUGUAGUUCCACUAUAUAUGUUCUACCUAUACCUGUGUACUAGAUAACCAGUGUGUACAUUACAAUAUCUGCAAUAUGAGCUGUUGAUUUGUGAGGGCAAGGUAUGGAAACAAAUUACUGCAAUGCAAUCGAUGACAGUGAUGUAAUUAUAAAGUUACUUAGAUGGCAAAUGUAUUUUGUGUGAAU